GUCAUAUCCUUUUAUUCGAACUCUCCAGUAGCUAACGGACGACUGCGUUAGUCGUUAGGGCAAAACGGUUCGCUGCGAAUUUCUGGACUCGUUUCCAAUUCAAAUCUCUCUCCCUCACUCCUCUCCUUGUUUCUUGUUGCUAGGGUUCCACUUGAUCAGUUCUUGGCGCUCUCUCCCUCUCUCCCCACCCACGCCCAAGCACACACACAGACACACAAAUGCAAUAGUGUGAUCUGUAUAAUCGAAGGUCAUGGAGGCUAUACUCAUCGACUGUGUGCAGAACAGCUUGCGUCACUUUCUGCACCAAAACGCCAUUUUCAUGUGCGAGCGCCUUUGUGCUGAGUUCCCCUCCGAGACAAAUCUACAAUUGCUAGCUGGCUGUUACUUGCAUAAUAAUCAAGCUUAUGCUGCAUACCAUGUUUUGAAAGGAACACAAAUGGCUCAAUCGCGGUACUUGUUUGCAAUAUCAUGCUUUCAGAUGGAUCUUCUCAGCGAAGCCGAAGCUUCGUUGUCUCCUGUUACUGAUCCUACUGCAGAGGUUCCUAAUGGUGCUGCUGGUCAUUACCUUCUUGGUCUUAUUUAUAGGUACACUGAUAGAAGAAAAAGUGCUGUUCAUCAUUUUAAGCAGGCAUUGUCAAUAGAUCCAUUGUUGUGGGCUGCAUAUGAGGAGCUGUGUCUAUUAGGUGCUGCCGAAGAAGCAAGUACAGUUUUUGGUGAAGUAGCUGCUCUUUGCAUUCAGAAGCAGCAGCUGAACAAAGCAUUGGCUUAUCAAAACACGCAGCCAUCCAGUGAUGAUCAUAGUUUAGUUUCGGGUAGAAACAUUGGCUUAGAAGAUAGUAGUCCGAGGGAAGCAAGACAUAUGAGUGGCAAUGACAUUAGAGUUAUCCCAGGAAAUUAUCAUGGAGUAGUUACGUCUGGAGGAGUUGCCAGUCAAUCUCUAAAUGGUGGUCCUGGCAACAUGUCAUUCUACAGUACUCCUUCACCAAUGGUUGCACAGCUGUCAGGUGUUGCUCCACCCCCGUUAUGCAAAAAUGUGCAACCUAAUGGCCCUAACCCAAAUGCAGUUAUUAUGGAUGGCUCACCAAGGUCAAUUGUGAACUCUACAAUUCAAGCCCCUCGAAGAAAGUUUGUGGAUGAAGGAAAAUUGAGAAAGAUAUCAGGGAGGUUAUUUUCUGAUUCUGGACCUCGACGAAGCACCCGGCUUGCUGCAGAAACAGCAGUGAGCAUGAAUUCAAAUGCCACUACAGUAAUGGGAAAUGGAACUAGCCACUCCUCUAAAUAUAUUGGUGGUUCCAAGUUGAGCUCGGUGACAUUUCGGUCAGUGACAGUUCGCAAGGGGCAGCCGUGGACCAGUGAAAGUUUUGAUGAAGGAAUACGUCACGAGGUUCGUGAUGAUUCUCGUUCCAAUGCAGCCACCUCAAGUUCAUCUCCUGCUGGUGAUCUUAGUUCUCAUGAUCAAGAAGAAACAGCAAUGCCAAUGGGUGGGCUAGUUAUGGGUAGCUCAAGAGUAAUAACUGGUACUUCUGAAAUAUUGGAUCUCUUAAGGACUCUUGGGGAAGGCUAUAGGCUAUCCUGCAUGUACAGGUGCCAGGACGCGCUGGAUGCAUAUCUGAAACUUCCGCAUAAACAUUAUAAUACUGGAUGGGUACUUUCCCAGGUGGGGAAAUCGUAUUUUGAAUUGGUUGAUUACCAAGAAGCUCAUCGUGCCUUCAGUCUUGCCCGUCUAGCAUCUCCUUACAGUUUGGAAGGGAUGGAUAUACAUUCUACAGUUCUAUAUCAUUUGAAGGAAGAUAUGAAGUUAAGUUACCUGGCUCAGGAGCUGAUAUCAACUGACCGCUUAGCUCCUCAAUCUUGGUGUGCUAUGGGAAAUUGCUAUAGUUUGCAGAAAGACCAUGAAACUGCUCUUAAAAAUUUCCAACGCGCUGUGCGACUGAAUUCGAGAUUUGCUUAUGCGCACACCCUUUGUGGACACGAAUAUGUUGCGCUAGAGGAUUUUGAGAAUGGAAUUAAGAGCUACCACAGUGCCCUUCGAAUUGAUGGGAGACAUUAUAAUGCUUGGUAUGGACUCGGAAUGAUCUACCUUCGCCAAGAGAAAUUUGAGUUCUCGGAGCAUCACUUCCGCAUGGCUUUCCAAAUUAAUCCUCGUUCUUCCGUUAUAAUGUCUUAUCUUGGAACAGCUUUCCAUGCCUUAAAGAAAAAUGAUGAAGCUUUUGAGAUGAUGGAGAAGGCUAUUUUGGCAGAUAAGAAGAAUCCUCUGCCCAUGUAUCAGAAGGCUAAUAUACUUGUGAGCAUAGAAAAAUUUGAUGAAGCUUUGAAAGUCCUAGAGGAGCUUAAAGAGUAUGCCCCUCAAGAAAGCAGUGUAUAUGCCCUGAUGGGUAAGAUUUAUAAAAGGAGUAACAUGUAUGACAAGGCAAUGCUUCACUUUGGAUUAGCUCUGGAUUUGAAACCACCUGCGACAGAUGUUGCUACCAUCAAGGCUGCAAUUGAGAAGUUGCAUGUACCAGAUGAAUUAGAAGAUACACUCUAAAUCUGUUUAAUGGUUAUUAGCGUACAGAAACAGAGAGAUAGUUGUAAAUUAUCCAGCUUCAAGUGCUCAGUCAGGCUUGUACCAGACUUUUGCGGAGUGGAAAUGACCUGAUCCUUGGGGAUUAAUUCAUUCUUAUGGGAAUUUUCUGUGGAGUCGGCGGAUGUAAGUUUUGUCAGCAUUUCACACACUAAUGGCAGAGGAUCCAAACAACCAUGCAAGUAAAGUUGCACGAUUGUUCCAGUGGCUCCUAAUACCAUAGAUUCUGACUUGUCUUAGGGGUUCUGAACCUGAUUUUAGUUCAUUUAACUUUGAAAAUAGUUGCAGUGUUCACUGGCCUACAGAUUACCCUACCCCAAUGGUUUUGGUUCUUCUUUCUCUUAAUUUUUUCUGUAUAAAUGUGCUGGGUAGUCUCUGUACAAAUGGGCCCGGAUCCUCAAGCUCUAUAAAUGCCCAGUCACUUUGUUCUGAUACAGUCCCAACCGCAAAAUUGCGUCGCUAAUGUAAAAGUGGGAUUGCUUUGAGAUAGUAGGACGUUAUUUAUUGGGACUC